AUGCUCUCUUUCCUCCGCCCCUCGCUCGCCCUCAAGCGGGUCCCCCUCGCAGCGACUCGCUCGCUCGCGACCGUCGUCCAGCCCAAGUCGACCAACGCCUUCAACCCAAACCUGCCCGCGACACUCCACUUGAAGACGGGCGAGUCGUUCACCGGCCGCUCGUUUGGCGCGCCCACCUCGCGCUACGGCGAGUCCGUCUUCUCGACCUCGAUCACGUCCUACACCGAGUCGAUGACGGACCCGUCCUACCGCUCGCAAUUCCUCGUCUUCACCACCCCGCUCAUCGGAAACUACGGCGUGCCCGACAACUUUGAGUCGCGCAACCACGUCAAGAACGGCCCGCCCGUCAUGCUCGAGUCGAACGGGAUCCAGUGCGCAGGUGUCGUCGUCGCCGACGUCGCAGCGCGAUACUCGCACUACCAGGCCGUCGAGUCGCUCCACGAGUGGUGCGACCGCCACGGCGUGCCCGGCAUCACGGGCGUCGACACGCGCGCGAUCACGACCCUCCUCCGCACCAACGGCUCGACCCUCUCCAAGCUCGCCGUCGGAGACGGACACGACGUCCGUCCUGCCGACAGCGAGUACUGGGACCCGGCCAAGGAGAACCUCGUCGACCAGGUCUCGACGCGCGAGAUCUACACCCUCAACCCGGACGGGGACGUCAAGAUCGCCCUCCUCGACUUUGGCGCCAAGGCCAACAUCCUCCGCUCGUUGACGAACCGCGGGGCGGCAGUCACCGUCUUCCCGUGGAACUACGACUUCAACAAGGUUCGCGACCAGUUUGACGGCUUGUUCCUCUCGAACGGACCGGGAGACCCCAAGCACUGCAUGGAGGCUGCGCUCAACGUUCGCAAGACUAUCAACGAGUGGGACAAGCCCGUGUUUGGGAUCUGCAUGGGCCACCAGAUCAUUGGACUCGCCGCCGGACUCGAGGCGUACCGCAUGCGCUUCGGGAACCGUGGACACAACCAGCCCGUCCUCGCGCUCGCGUCGAGCGGAAACAUCAAGGCCGGCCGCGUCUACGUCACCUCGCAGAAUCACCAGUACGCGCUCGAGCUCGUCGACCCCUUCCCCAAGGGCUGGCAGCCGUUCUUCAUCAACGCCAACGACGCCUCGGUCGAGGGUAUCAUGUCGACCCCCGAGUCGGGCAAGCGCGUCUGGGGCGUGCAGUUCCACCCCGAGUCAGCCGGCGGCCCUCUCGACACCCAGCUCAUGUUCGGCGACUUCCUCGCCUCGUGCCGUGCUGGUAAGCACGCUGGAGCUGGCUUGCCAGUCGGUGGGUUCUCGGCUGCCAAGUUCUCUGCCAAGGACCUCGAGGCCGGUCUCUAG